AGCACUGAUGAGUUUUUCUUUGGAUUUUCACAAAAGCAGGAGGAACUGUGUUAAAAAUUCUCUUGUCUUUCCCCAGGGGGAGAAACUAAUGUAAAUGCAGAUGACCAUGCAGCAUGCAGUUCAGGUGUGGUUUGGAGAUGACUUUCCCUUAAGUCCCCGAAGUCCUCUGACUCCCAGACAUGGGCCAGGUUUGGCAGAUGUGUGCCUAUACGACCAAUGGAUAUCUGUGCGACAUGAAGCAACUUUGGUGCCUAUGCAAGAAGAUCUGUCAAUCUGGCUGUCUGACUUGCUGGGAAUAGAAGUCAAAGCAGAGCAACUGCUGGAAGAACUUGAUAAUGGGGUACUACUCUGCCAGUUGGUUGGUGUUCUUCAAAACAUAGUUAAAGAAAGUUGUAGGUCAAAUAAUUUAAGGAAUUUUCCAAUGAGAAAAGUCCCUUGUAAGAAGGAUGCUCCAGCAGGAUCUUUUUUUGCCAGAGAUAAUACAGCCAACUUUCUUAACUGGUGUAGGGCCAUUGGAGUUGAUGAGACUUACCUCUUUGAAUCUGAAGGUUUAGUUUUGCACAAGGAUCCAAGACAAGUAUAUCUUUGUUUGUUGGAAAUUGGACGCAUUGUAUCCAGUUAUGGAGUUGAACCUCCUGUACUGGUAAAACUAGAGAAGGAAAUUGAGCUAGAAGAAACACUGCUGAUGACCUCUGGACCACCAUCACCUGUCACCACAGCCAAGUCAUGUUGUCAUCAUGGGGAGCUACAUGAGGCAGUUAAACAUAUAGCAGAAGAUCCUCCCUGCAGUUGUUCCCACCGAUUUUCAAUUGAAUACUUAUCAGAAGGACGUUAUAGACUGGGAGAUAAAAUACUCUUCAUACGAAUGCUACAUGGCAAGCAUGUGAUGGUACGUGUUGGUGGAGGUUGGGACACCCUUCAAGGUUUUCUACUGAAAUAUGAUCCAUGCCGAGUGCUUCAGUUUGCAACUCUGGAACAAAAAAUCCUGGCGUUUCAGAAAGGGGUCACCAGUGACAAUGUCCCCAGCUCAUCAGCUAGAGUUCAGGAGCCUCCUCUCAUGAAUCCAAUGUCAGCUGUCAAUAUGUUUCAAAAGCAGCCAUCAAAACCGUCCACUCCUCUUUCAGCUCUAGGGGCCACUGCCAACAAGCCUUUAUGUAAACGUCCUCAGUCCCCUGCCUUGACAUCGCCAAAAGUGCCAGUGCCCUCAUCCUCUACAGCCAAGUCAUUAACAGCCAGGUCCAAAUUAAAGGGGUCUUCAGUGACAAGUGUGCAGUCUCCUUUCAAACCAUUAUCUGGCACCUCAAAGAAACUGGAGCCUACUGCACGCAACUCGCCAGCUUCUGCACCUUCACAGCCUGUAAGCAAAAGCUCUUCGUCUGCAGGAAUAAGAACAGCUCUUGUUCACUCCGAAACAUUACGCAAACGUAUUCGGUCUCCUGAUGCUCCCAAGGCGAAAUUUGCGCUGCCUCAGGGCUCCCCAGGAGCAGCGCUGCCUCCUGCCCUCUCAUCCUCUAAAAAACAGCUCUCUCGCUUGCCUGGGACAGCUGAAAGGGUGGCUUCAAAACAGAAGCAUGUCCCUGCUAAAAGCAAACCUGUAUCCAUUGCUAAAACUAAAGUGAAUUCAGUUGCUUCAAGGGCUACUCGGCUGCCUGCUACCAAUCUGGGUGCUGUUGCCAAGUUUGCACAUUCUCAGCAGCUCGUCACAAAACCUCCUGAGAAUGCUAUUCAGACCUCAGAAACUGGGUCUCGGCAUCCUCAGAAAGCUUCACAAACAGCUUCUGACCUGGCGAGGAACUUGAAAAGUGCUUCAGUCCUGAAACACUCAGCUUCUGCACCUUCCCUUACAGUUAGCAAAGCAUCAAAAUUGCCAUCUAUGCUGGUAUCUACAAGCAAAAAUGCAUCAUCAGCUGUCAAUAAACAGCCAAAUGUCAGUAAACCCCAUCAGGCUGGAUCUGCUUCAUCGAAACCUCCUGAACGCACUCCCUUAUCUGUUGUACGGCUUCCUCAAACUGCAGCCAAAGCAACAGUGACCAAAAAGCCAGCACAGCCUUCCACAAAAGGUCAGCCUUCCACCAAAAACUUGCAAGCAAGUGAAAGCUCAGCCCCAGCAGCCAAGAAGCCUCUCCCUAAAGGAAAAUCAGCAAUGGCAUGUAACAAAGGAAUGCCUGCUGUAUCAAAAGGCACUCUUAUGAAGAGCAGGCAAGAUGAUCACUAUUUUGUUAUGACAGGGAGUAAAAAACCCAGAAAGUAAAUUUAUUUGUUACUUUCUGUGGAAGCCUUAACUUUUUCAAGUGGGCCUCUUGUAUCUGCUACUCUAAGGAUGAGGGAAAAACAGUUAAAUAACACUACAUUUACUAUGAGGUAUUAGGUAUAACCUUACUCUAAUUUAUGCAGCAAAAUGUAGAACUAUAUUUAUUUUGCGGUUUAGAAACUUCUAAUUGAAUAUAUUUAGAAGUGAGCUUGCUUUCUGUGUAGCGCUGUGGAAUAGAGAAUAGUCCUGUUUGCUGCUAGCCUGACCUGCUGCAGGGAAGGCAGGAGGAAGGAGAGGGGAGCUAAGGCUGCUGGUUUUGCUGCUGCUCAUUUUCAAGGGAGCAAAGCCUGCCCAAGAAAUGUCUACCCAGGGUGAUUCAGGUGCCCAAGUGUUUCUGAUGGUUCUGGCACAUGGGCAUCAGGGCCUGUGGCAAGUAAUAUUGCUGUGCACAAGCUGUAAAAUUUCUGAUACCUCAAAAAAGACUGUUUUUUACUUCACCAGUGACCCAGAACUUGCACUUGGGUCAUCUGCGUGUGUUAGAAAGAGAAAGAAAUCUCUAGUCAUGUUUAGAUUUGAGGGCUGCUGUUAUGUGCUCCCCUUAUGCCUUGAAGUGGCUUUAGCUUGCUUGGAAGUGGAGCCCUGUUGGUUUGUGUUAAGUUGAACAUAGAAAAUCAUGGCCUUGAUUGCUUGCUCUCGUUGUGCCUUAGCCUUUCAAAUUCAGGACUGAUCUCUUCAGUGAGCAGUGCUACUUUAAAAAGCCUGGGCAGAUAACCUUGCGUAGUUAAUGUUCAAAUCUGACUAUAAGCCCAGUGUUUCCUAAAAAGCUCUUGCUACAUGGAGAGAAGAUACUCAGUUACUGGGAGGGUGCUUUCCCUUGGGAUGGAGCCUCCAAACAGCUACUGCUCCUGCAACACAAAGCUGGGAGUACUCGCCUGCACUGGCAGAGUCUUACUGUUCUGUAGGAAUGGCCUUUACAUGUAAAAGUGGAUUGCUAAAUACUUAGCUUGGCACUACAGGUUAAUUUUUAUGGGCAAUAUCUGUCUCCAGUGGCCUUUUUUGUUUUAUUUAUGGAGUCCUUCUUACUGACUCCCCUGUAUUACUUUCUGGAGGUGAGAAGGCAUUUCUCAAGGUAGCGAGGGACUCCGUUUGUCUUUAAACAUCUGAAAGUGCCAGAAAGCUAUGCACUGUUUAUGCUCUCAGCUCCUGAAGGCUUUCAGCGUGUUAAAUAUCUGUGGUGCUCAACACUGAAAGCCUGAAGAGAAGUGAGUUUCAUGAUAUGUAAAUAAAAGCUACUAUGUUGGGGAGUAGCAUUGGUUGUGUUAUUUUGGGUUUAGUGAACAGUUGUUUAUACAAGCAUUGAGGAGCGAUCAAGGUCUGUGAAGAGCCUCUACUGACUUCCACAGACCAUCACUUUUGCUUUCUGUUCCUAGGAUGUUUACUUAUGGGCAGGUGAAAGAGUUGCAUGGAAACUGUAGUUUCUGAUAUUAUAUAUUUAAUAUUUUUUUCUCCCCUGGAACUAGAGUAAGCAAGCAUCAUAAUUCUGCAUGUUCUCAUCUGCAGUGCCAAAGCCAUUGAGCUGCCUUUCUGAGCACCUUGUUAGCUUUUUUAAUUUAUGAUUCUAUUUAUGCGUAUCUACUGUACAGUACUGCUUACAACCUGCAGGUUGUAAACAGUAAAAAACAUUAUCUAAACUGUACAAGAUAAAACUGAUCAGUUUUAAUAAUGUGGGUGCAAGACCCACAAACUCACAUACAAAGUUGUAUGUUUGGGGAAGGCCUUAUGCUUACUUAUUGUAUAAAUACACUGGUCAAAGACACUACUGCAAAUAUAAAGAAUAGUAUUGACUGUAGUGGACCGCUUUCAGGUUUGAUAAAUUUGACACACAUUUUCAUAUGCUGAAAAGCAUUUUACGGUAGAAGACUUGCUUUUGAUUUUGCACUUCCAAAUAACGAGCAAUGAUGUGAUAUAUCUCAUGAGAUGAACAGCUGAUUUCUUAGGGUUUCUUUCUGUAUUGGGUCUUGCUGAGAUGAAGUUAGUUUUCUUCACAGCGUUCCAUAUGGUGCUGUGCUUCAGAUUUGUGAGUAAAACAGUGUUGGUACCACACCAGUGUUUCGGCUGUUGCUCGGCAGUCCUUGCGCAGGGUCAAGGCUGCUUCUUCCUGCUCUGCCCCCACAGUGAGUAGUCUCGGGGCAGCAAGAGUUUGGGAGGGACAUGACCUAGACAUCUGACCUGAACUAUUCCAUGUCAGAUAACAUCAUGCUCAGCAAUAAAAUCAGGGUAGAAGAAGAAGUUAUUUGGGAAGGGCUGGCUUCCAAGGUGGCCGCUGUUUGCUGACUGGCUGAGCAUUGAUCUGCAUGUGGGAGUUAGUGAGUGAUUGCCUUUGGUGGUUUAGUUUUUAUCUCUUUCCUUCACUUAUUAAACUGCCUUUAUCUCAACUUGUAAGUUUUCUCGCUUUUGCUUGUCUCUCCCCCAUCCUGCUGGGAAUGAAGGGAAGAGGGAGUGAGCAGGUGUGUGGGUGAUUGGCCGCUGGCUAGGGUCAACCCACCAAACUUUUUUUAAACUUUUACAAGUUUUUUUAGUAGUAAUUUAAACACUGAGACUCUCAAAUCUCAGUAUAAUGCUAUCUCAGCAUCUACCUUUUUGAACUAUAACUUCAGAGAACUGAGGCAGAUAGCUUCAUCUUUGUGAUCCAUUAUCUCAUGCAAUAAAUUAAAUAAAAAACAUAA